AUGGCGCGUGGGAUCGCGCAGCUGGACGCGGCGCAGUGCGCAGCGUUCGCGAGUCGCCGCGGAAUCCAGUCUUCAUUCUCUGGGGAGGCGGAGUUCUAUGGCGCGACGUCGGCGGUCAUUGACGGGGGGCUUAUCGACCGCGUGCCGGGGUGGCCAGGCUACGGCGUGACGUGGGAGCUGGCGAUCGAUGGCAGCGCGGCGAAGGCCAUGAUCAGCCGCGAGGGCGUCGGGGAGGUGAAGCGCGUAGACGUGGGGUCUGAGUACAUGGGGGAGCUGGCGGGGAUCGUGGACUGCAGCGAGAUGGGCGAGCGCAAGGAGCUGGAGGCCUGCGCCGUGAGUUCGAGCGCGAGCUGGGCGAAGCAAGGCUUGCUGGCCGCGCGGCAG